GACUAUUAUCACAGCCAGGAGGUGAAGCAACGUUUUAUGUCUGCCAUGCACAGCAUUGCCCACCUGACAGCAAGAGAUGUGGCUACAGCAUUUGAUCUUUCCCAGUUUAAAUCUGCUUGUGAUUUAGGAGGUUGCACUGGAGCUCUGGCUUGUGAAUUAGUACAAAUAUACCCAAAUCUCAAGGUCACAGUAUUUGACCUUCCAGAAGUCAUUGCAAACACCUCUUACUUUCAGCCUUCAAGACAACACACAGCUCCAGUGACAUUUGUAUCAGGUGACUUCUUCAAGGAUAAUCUUCCAGAAGCAGAUCUUUACAUCCUUUCACGUGUUCUUCAUGACUGGCCUGAUGAAAAGAUACAUGUGCUGUUAAGCAAGAUAUCGGCUGUUUGCAAACCAGGAAGUGCCUUGCUAGUGGCAGAAAUUGUGCUUGACGAACAGAAGAUGCACCCUCCUAGAGCUGUACUACAGUCCCUCAGUAUGACUGAAGGCAAGCAGAGAAGCGAGUCAGAAUAUAAACAGCUACUGGAGAAAUACGGCUUCACAAAUGUACAAAUUAAGAUCACAGGAAACUUGUUAGAUGCUGUUUUGUGCUUCAAGAAGAAUUUGUCACCGUAG